AUUGACGUCACGACUCGGAGAUCUAGCCCGUGCAAACAGAAAUGGUGGCUCCCUGACCCACCGUCCAUGUGGCUUCGUAGACAGAAAAACUCCUUCAUAACUUCAUAUUUACUUAUUUAAUAUAAUUAUAACAAACAAUAGUCUGGUUGGGUGAAGCUGCAAGCAGCUCUGUGAGGAAGUAAAGAUGCAACACGACGACGUGAUCUGGGACAUUAUUGGAAACAAACAGUUCUGCUCCUUCAAAGUCAAGACGAAGAGUCAGGGCUUCUGUCGUAAUGAAUACAAUGUCACAGGGUUGUGUAACCGCUCGUCCUGUCCGCUGGCCAACAGUCAGUACGCCACCAUCAGAGAGGAGAAAGGUCAGUGUUUCCUCUACAUGAAGGUGAUCGAGAGAGCAGCUUUUCCUGCCAAGAUGUGGGAGAAGGUGAAGCUCAGUAAGAACUACGAGAAAGCUCUGGAACAGAUUGAUGAGAAUUUGAUCUACUGGCCUCGAUUCAUCCGACACAAAUGCAAACAACGUUUCACAAAAAUCACUCAGUACCUGAUCCGCAUGCGCAAACUGGUCCUCAAGAGACAGAGGAAGUUGGUUCCUCUCAGCAGGAAGGUGGAGAGGAGAGAGAAGAGGAAAGAGGAGAAAGCUCUGAUCGCCGCUCAGCUGGAUAACGCCAUCGAGAAGGAGCUUCUGGAAAGACUCAAACAGGGAACGUACGGAGACAUCUACAACUUCCCAGUCCACGCCUUCGACAAAGCUCUGGAGCAGCAGGACGCAGAGAGCGAGUCUGAGGAGGAGGAAGAGGGGGAGGAGGAGGAGGAGGAGGAGGAAGAAGAUGAUGAGGACACUGGGAAGAGAGAGUUUGUAGCAGACGACGAAGUGGAUGAGAGCGACCUGAGCGAUUUUGAGGACAUGAACAAACUGAAGACAAGCAGCGAUGAGGAGGAACAGGACGAGGAAGAGGAGUCCAGUGAGGAGGAGGAGGAGGAGGAAGUGGAGACAAAGACGAAGGCCUCUAAGUCUAAAGGCAAAUCUCCAGCCAACGGCUCAGCGGCGAGGAAGAAGCGAGCAUACGUAGAGAUCGAGUACGAGACAGAGCCCGUCGCCAAGAGCAGAGCCACGUCGUGAUGUCACACCCUGUGCUGAGGACACACCCCCUCCACGGUGGUCAUCAGUUUGUUCGUACAGAGACUGUAAAUGGAAGUUUGUUUGUUAAUGGACACACAGGACGGAUCUGACCUGGAAUCAGAUCUGAUUAAAACACCCAAAGUGACUUUAACGCUUUGUCUGCUUAACAGUGACUUUAAAAAUAACUUUGUUUGUUUUGUUAAAUAUUGAGUCCAGAAUCCUCUUUGAAAACAAAGUAACAGGUGAUGAACAUGACAAUAAAUCAAUUUUGGAAGAAAACAAACUGUAAACCUGCUUUAUACGUUCAUAUUAAACAAUGACAUUUGGAGAAAAAUA